GUUCCUCAUGAAGCAAUUGAUAGUGAUGAUGAUCCUGACGGUGUUGUGAUUUUAGCACCAUUUGAAAAGAAUAACAGGCCGUUGGAUAUCCUCUGGGUUGGCCAAAGCAUGUGAAGACUAGUGUUGCUGGUGACAGUGCCGGACCAAGCACCAAUGCUUCAAACAAUACUGCCAUUAUGGGUGGUUUAAAGGAGGAUGUGGACAACACAGUUGACCCUGAUUUUGACGAUGACACUUUGGAUAACUUCGGGGAAGUAGACCGUGUUUCUGAGGAAGAUGAGUACGAUAAGUUCGAUGACUGGGAUAUCCAGCCUGGAGCGGAAGCUUCUUUACCAUGGCUGCAGAAGACUGACGCUGAAGUGUCAUAUAAUAGUAGCACACCCAUCCCAAUCUUGGAUGACAAGGUUGAUGAAAAAUACAACACAUUUAAACAGUUCGAUACUGUUGAUGAUCAUAGUGAUCAUUAUUAUUCGAAACCAGAGUUGUGGAAAGCUCAGGUAGUGAACGAGCCAUCAAAUGACUGGGUGAUGCGCAUUCAACAUGAGUGUGAAGUCUUAGGAAAAGACUUGCCAGGUAGUAUAUUCGUGAGGGCAUACAAGGAUAGAAUGGACCUUCUUAGAGCUGUCAUCAUGGGACCAGCAUACACUCCUUACCAUGAUGGGCUGUUUUUCUUCGACAUUUACUUCCCUCCUCAUUAUCCAAAUACACCUCCACUUGUGAACUACCGUUCUGGUGGGUUGCGGCUUAAUAAAAACAUGUAUCCUUGUGGGAAGGUAUGCCUUGGCCUCUUAAACACUAGGCCUAGUGGUGGGUGUGACAAAUGGAAUCCAUCCAAUUCAACCAUGCUGCAAGUCCUUGUCUCCAUUAAGGAUUUGGUGUUGAAUGGCAACCGUUAUUUCGGCUCGGCUGCGUAUUCAGCCUACACAACUAGUGGGGAGAAAAGAUCCCUAACGCAUAAUGAAAAUAGUUUCCUGCGGUCCUGCAGGAUGAUGUUGUAUUCUCUUCGAAACCCACCAAAGCAUUUUGAGGAUUUCGUUGCUGGUCAUUUCCGCAAGCACGGGCACAACAUCCUCGUGGCUUGCAAAGACUACCUGGACGGCGCCCACGAUGGACGUCAUUCACUGCAUUUCGGUAUGUGGGAUUGGAGGAUGAUGGACGACAAAAGCUGCUCGCUGAAGUUCAGGACGCUGCUGAAGAGACUGUUCGAGGAGUUGCUGAUUGAGUUCAGUGAGAAGGGAGCAGACUGCGACGAGUACCUAUCAGAGAAGGCGAAGUAAUGCGCCGCCUCCACCUCUGGAGCGCCUCCGGCAGACGUCUAGCGCGCCAGCCAUAAUGGAAGCAGUAAUUUUUAGCCGUCGAAGCGAUUCUAGCGAUAACUCCUGUCUUCUACUAUAGGAGGAGCCCUAGCCACGAGAAAAUCUAAUUGUUUUUGUGUAUGUAGUCUAUGCACAUAUUCCCCCGCCUAGCUCUCCCGGUGAACAUAAUCUGCAUGAUCCAUCCAUGUUUUAGGAACAAAUAUCAUCGUCAUUAUCAUCUAUAAGACUAUGAUUGAUUGCUGUCACCAUCCUAGGCUUAGU